UGUGACAGGGCACAGUCAGGCAGACUCUGCACUCCAGCUUAGCGUUCAGUUAGGAUCAGGCGCCCCUCGAGCCCCUCUCACACAUCUCUCCUUGGUUUUCAUUUGGAAGUUUGGUUGGAACCAAAGAAAUAAGCAGCCAUGGAUGCCAUCAAGAAGAAGAUGCAGAUGCUCAAGCUCGACAAGGAGAACGCCUUGGACAGAGCAGAGCAGGCUGAGUCAGACAAGAAAGCAGCAGAGGACAGAAGCAAACAGUUAGAGGACGAUAUAAGAGAGUUGGAAAAGAAAUUGCGCUCGUCUGAGGACGAGAGAGAUAAAGUGUUUGAGGAGCACCAAACUGCUGAGGAGAAGCUGCUGGCCGCUGAGGAGGUCGCCACCAAGGCUGAGAGCGAUGUCGCUUCCCUCAACAGACGUAUCCAGCUGGUUGAGGAGGAGUUGGAUCGUGCACAGGAGCGUCUGGCAACUGCCCUGACCAAGCUGGAGGAGGCUGAGAAGGCUGCUGAUGAGAGCGAGAGAGGCAUGAAGGUCAUUGAGAACAGGGCCAUGAAGGACGAGGAGAAGAUGGAGCUGCAGGAGAUCCAGCUGAAAGAGGCCAAACACAUCGCUGAGGAGGCUGACCGCAAAUAUGAGGAGGUGGCUCGUAAGCUCGUCAUCAUUGAGGGUGACCUGGAGCGCACAGAGGAGCGCGCUGAGCUGACAGAGAGCAAAUGCUCUGAGCUUGAGGAAGAGUUGAAAACUGUGACCAACAACCUGAAGUCACUGGAGGCCCAGGCUGAGAAGUACUCACAGAAGGAGGACAAGUACGAGGAGGAGAUCAAGGUCCUCACCGACAAGCUGAAGGAGGCUGAGACUCGUGCUGAGUUCGCUGAGAGAUCAGUAGCCAAGCUUGAGAAGACCAUUGAUGACUUGGAAGAGAAACUCUCACACGCUAAAGAAGAGAACCUCGAUAUGCACCAGAUGCUGGACCAGACUCUAAUGGAACUGAAUAAUUUGUGAAAGCACGGUCCGACCCCAUCACACACUGUGGUUUUUGGCUUUUUGUCCUUGCACCUUGCUUACCGUAAACCUCUCCUCGUACCUUGUCCGUGGUGGAGAAACAAACAGCCAGAUGCUAUUCCCGUCGCACCGCCCUGCCUUCAGCAGAACCUGACCAAGGAGCAAAGCUAAAGGGAAGUAAAGCUUACCCAUUACUCCCUUUUGAUGAAAACUAAACUGAACUCACCAUUGUUUUUGCAAGCCAGUUUCUAUGAUAUAGGUUUAUUUCUUUUGUGCCAUCGGGUUCAUUAUUGUUUUCUACAUCUGCAUUUAAGCUGAUCAGGUACGCUCCAUUAGACAUUGAUUAUGCACAUACCAAAGGAUAAAGUGGAGAAAUUUUGCACUUAAUAUAAAAACCUCCACAAUAUUAACAUUGUGCAUACUGUAAGACAAUAUGUUUUAAAAAAUACAUGCCCUGCUCCCAGAAAGUGUACGUAUACAUACUGACUGCACCAGUCAGUAUGUAUACUGGUGCUACUGUACUGUAAAGCAAUGUCUUAAAAAAAUGCAAAUACAUCACAGUAUAGUCUUAGUUUUCUUAAAAAAAACAUUUUCCAAAAAUGUGUUCAUCUUGUCUGUAAAGUAUAAUUUCAGUCAUCUGGUUGUGCAACGUUUUAGCAUUUAUUUCAAUGUAGAUGUUUCAAGUGUUUCUCAUAUCUGAAAUGUACAAAUUAGAAAAUAAAAGCACGUUUUGAAAGUUU